AUGAAUCUUGUAAACCGGAGGACUUGCAUCGGUCGCCGAGGAUUUUUGCAGCGCUCGUUCAGACGUUUUGCGGCAGCCGCUGGGCUACUUCUUACAAUCGCUGCCUGUCUUCAUCAACCCGUCGACGCUCACACCAGUGCGCGCGUUUCUGCUCGUGGGCCGGCGCUUGAUGCGGAUCGGGUGGGAUUUUUUGGCGCGGAGUACCACAGGUGGACUGUGACGGACGUCGAGUUUGCGUUUCACAAGACGGACUUUGGACAAGUCUUCUACAAGUUUCAGCAUUUCACGCCGCCACAGCACGAACAUGGUGGAACUACAGGGACGGAAAACGCUACUGCUUCGAAAAGAACACCCCCACGCUACGUGUUUUUCUUUUUCCACGGGACGCCGCGCAGCAGCGAUGAGUUUACAGAACUGAUCAAGGAGCUGACGACCACGUGGCGGAGCACCAAGCUGUUGAAGAAUGAGCCCUGGAGUUGGAUUUCCAUGGACCUGCUCGGGCAGGGCCGAAGCGAAGACUUCCGGUCGGAUAGGUACAAAAACUCGAUUCUGUCCAGGAAAAAAGAAUAUGUGGGCGUGGAAGAGUACGGAAGAAUUGCGCGGGAGAUUCUGAGCACCGUGUUCGACAAGAUGACUGCGGCUGAAGGAGACGAAGACAUGAGCACGACAACAGCGGCGAAGCCGGGAGGUUACAACGUGGCGGAUGAAUUCGACCCCGUGAGACUUCUUGCGGGGCUCGACGCUUUCGCGGGCACCAGUACACGUGCCACUUGGAGCUCCUCGUCUCGAAACCACGGGUUCACCUUUUCACCACCAGAUACAGGGACCAGGGAAUACAACUACACAAAAAGCGCUGGUGGAAGCGUGAAAUGUGACCUGCAGUCGGAAGAUGAGCCCGAAGUUCUCGACUGUAAAGAUGGUUUUACAUCAACAUCAGCGUCCGACGCUGGUCAUCCACCGUCACGGCGACGCGGUGAUACUAUUCGGCAACACGAGCUCCGGGUAAUUCCCGUCGGGAGUUUGGCUGGGUGCGCCAUCGCGAUCUCGUUUGCGUACGAGCUUCUGAUCCACGCCCCGAAAGGUAGCGCGGAAUGCGCAGGUAGGUCUAGUACUACUCGAGGACCGACGGCGCAAUUGAUGUCUUCGUUGCUGUAUUUGGGUCCGUCGUCGACCACGUCCGCGGCGCGUCCGAGGUAUGACCACGGGGCUGCUUCGUCGGCGUCUUCGACCUGCUCACCAAGUGCGUCUUCGAGUAGGAGUUGCGCUACAGCGAGUACGCCUAGAGCCAGAGGAGAAGCGACGUUCUCUGAGAUGAAUUCUCAGCCAUCUGUAUGCCUGUUCACAACGAUUCUUCACGCGCCCAUUUAUCACAUGACGGAGAGCUUGCGGGCCCAAGUUUUGGAUUACGCCCAGUCCGUGAGACACUGGGAGCCCGGCAGAGACGGGUCGCAUCUGCUGCACUUCUGGGAAAACCCGAGCUUCCUGCCGAGUUCGUUCUUAGCUGGUGUUGAUGAAAAAGGCGACUUCUCUAGAGGCAGUAGGCUUCGGACGACCAGCAUCGGAACUCCAGGACGUGGACCUGCUGCAGCUAAGAGUGACGAUGCUGGCGGUAGGACGGGAACUUCUGCUGGUACCUCCGGUCACGUUGAUGCGGCCGAUAACUCGGACGUCAAUCUCCUUCACCGCGUCGUCGUAGACAUGCUGCGUUCCGGCAAAACACAAUGGCAAGCGAUCCUGGCGUUUCUCGAGUAUCAGCGAGACCCUCUAGGAUUUGCGUAUCAACUUACCGCGAUCGCGAAGCUGGGGCAGGCUGACCCCAAUGUGCUGCUUUUGUUCGGCGAAGACAUGUUUCGCCUGCCGCCGAGACUUUUGCCAAAAGCACCUCCGACUCUUACCGAUACAGAAGGGUCAGGUCUUCGCGAUGAACGGCACAAGCACAGCGGCGUGGUCGUUCCAUCGAGAGCGGAAACCUAUUGGACAGAGAAAUUUCUCUUGCGGGAGUCGACACUGUUUUUGCUUUGCAGUGUGUUGAAGGUACCGGGUACAUCCUUGCCUCCGCUCGACAGCGAGCUACUACAAACAGCAGGAGAUAUUGGCCUAACAGCAGGACGAGAGACAUUAGCAUCCCAGAAGAGCAGCCUCAAUGCCCACGAUUUUCCGCAAGUGCAUCGAACGCAGCAAUCAAAUGUGGCGAGUAGGGUUUUGAACGUGAUCGGCAACGCCGGGGAGGCCCUUCUCUCUGAAGAGCCUCUGCGGGUUGCUCUGGCUAUGCUUGGCCACGUAGAAAACCGAUUGGAGAGGCUGGAACGUGGAAAGUCGCCCAUCGUCGGUCGAAUGUUUUGAAAGACGAACUGAACUCGAGCUGUUUCAUGUUUUUUGAUUGAAUUUGGUUUUGAUUUUUAGUUUUACGGCCGUGUUUCGGACAAAAGUUUUUGCCAUUUUAAGUUUUCGAUUCCUGUUUGAAAAAUGCCUUCCAUGUAUAUCAUCCCCAAGCAGGUCAAUUCUGAGAAUAAAGUUCAACAGUCUCUCUCUCUUCUUCGAUGGUGACACAGAGCUGAUGAAUGGUCUAUGUUUGCAUCAGCACAGAACCAGAAUGUUAAAAGACGAAAUCGUUCAUCUUGGAGCGCGACGCUUAGGCUACAAGAACGAACUGGUGCUGCAGCGCCGGCACAGUCCGUCCGCGCGAAAGGACCGCGACCUGCUCACUGUCAUCUUUUUUCUCUCGCUUGAAUUCAACUAUACAAAAAAUCA